AUGCACGACCCUUCUGAGGCGGCCGUGCCCUUUACCGCGUUCAAGGAAGCUGGAUUUCGCAUUACAUUCGCCACCGAAACUGGAAACGUUCCACAAUGCGACACCAAGAUGCUCGAGGGCAUUACCCAAGCUAUUCUCGGCGCCAAAAGGUCCGUCAUCGCGCAGUACAAGACCAUGGCCGCGUCCGCCGAGUGGACCUCCCCCGCAUCUUGGUCCGACCCCGCCUUCACCCUCUCCGCGUAUGACCUCGUCUUCCUCCCCGGCGGGCACGACAAGGGCGUGCGGCAAGUCAUCGACGCAGACGCGGUGCACGCCCUCCUCGCCACGUACUUUCCGCAGACCAAGAAGCCGAGCAAAACGGCCGUCGGCGCCGUCUGCCACGGCGUCAUGGUCCUGUCCGAAACGAAGUCGAGCGACGGCACAUCCGUCCUGCACGGCGUCACGACGACGGCGCUGCCCACCCGCUUCGAGCAGCUCGCCUUCUGGGGUACCCGCCUGUUUCUCGGGGACUACUACAAGACGUACGGCGCGGGUAGCGACAACGUGGAGGAGAGUGUGACCAAGGUGCUGGAGAAGCCACAAGACUUCAAAAAGAGCUUGGCGCCCGCGCCGUUUGUGGUUGAAGACGACAAGUAUAAUUACAUCAGUGCGAGGUUUCCCGGCGACGUCGAUUUGCUAGGCGAAAAGCUGGUAGCUCUGGUCAAGAGUAACACGGCUUAG